UCAUCAUCAGAGGCAGACAUUAUUAGGAGGAAAUGUUGUGCCUGAGGGGUUUCGUUGCUUUCAUUCUUGGUGCCUUUCUCCUUAUUGUCAAAUCCAGUCGUGGUUCUGAGAUUAUCAAUGGGACAGCAGUGACGCCCCACUCGAUGCCUUUCAUGGCUCUCCUGGAGGCAGACAAAGGAUACUGUGGAGGAACACUAAUUGAUCCAUUAUGGGUUCUGACUGCUGCACACUGUGGAAACGUUAAGAAGGUGUCACUGGGGGUGCACUCCCGCAAGGCACAGGAGAAAGAAAAACGUUACAGGCAGGUCUGUGAGAGGGAAAAGAAUGUUCCUCAUCCUGACUUUAAUUCCCAUACAUAUGACCAUGACCUCAUGUUGGUGAAGCUGAACAAGGCAGUGGAGGAAACCCAAUGGGUGGGCAGCCUCAAGCUGAACGAAGUUGUCAACGACCCACCAGCCGGUUCAGUCUGUACGGCGGCUGGAUGGGGAAAAACCGACAAGCAUGCAAAUACAAUGUCAGAUGUCUUGAUGGCGGUCAAUGUGACUGUGGUUGACAGAAUUAAAUGCAACUCCAAGGAUUAUUACAACUAUGAUAAUUACAUAACUACGAACAUGAUAUGUGCCGGGUCAGAUGGUGAAAACGCUGCUGACACUUGUGUGGGAGAUUCAGGUGGGCCAAUAUUGUGCAAUGGAGGUCUAGUUGGUGUCACAAGCUUUGGCCCUGAGAAUGAAUGUGGAAAGAAAAACUGGCCUGGAGUGUACGCUUUCCUUACAAGUGAUCAUCUUGACUGGAUUAAGAAGACAAUGAAGCAAUAAAUAUUUUUUAUAAACUUUCCUUUGAAUUUAGCCAUGUUAUUAUUUAGCUGCGUCUCUGAUACUUUGCUUCGAUUCAACCGGGAUUAUGUUAAAAGAUGUACAUUUGUACAACCAAUAAACAUAUUGCACAAAUCCUGAGCUUUCACUUAUUACAUUAAGCCUUGAAAACAGUUUAUAAAAACAGCUUUAAGGAAUUAAAGGGUAAAUAUUAUUUUCUGGCCCUGUAGUGCCAGAUAAACUAUUACCAAUUACCUCUGUGUGUGGUUUAUCUUUUCCAUAUCAGUAGUCAGUGCUCACUAUUACAGCUAGAGCUCUACUUAAUCCUUGACUAAAAUAGGUUGCAUAGAUGUGAGGAAUGUAAACAAUUGCUUCUGUAU